GAAAAAUGUCGCUGGCUUCGACGCGGACCGUUCUAGGAUCAGUGUCCUUUUAGGCAAAUUCAUACGGCGAUUCGGUAAGUGGGGGACAGCCGUCACUAGUUGCAUCAAGAAUGAGACUUCUGCUGUGGUGUUACCAUGACUCAUUAAAAGCCUCAGGAAAAGAAACAGAGACGUUGUAACAGUUGCAGUGUGGGAGGUUUUGCCUUCACUGCAAAGAGAGAGAGUCAUCUUACGAUCCUCUUUUGUCUGGUCAGUUGAGGCAAACCGUUUAAGAACAGAGAGACUAGUAUACAAUCGCACUACAUGGGUCUUCAAGGUAACCGGAUCUGAUAAUUAAAGCCUUUGAGCCUCCUCCCUUACCUGGAAAGAUAAAGUUUAAGAGAAGGUAUGGACCAAUCUACCAGAGUGGUGGGUCUGGAUGCCCAGGGGAACAUGGUUUUCACUGUGGUGAAACCUGUAAUGGGCAUCUUUCAGGUGUCCUCAGAUCAAACAGGAAGUGUUCCACAGGGCAGCAUGGGCCUUCAGGGUUUAUCAGAAAACACAUUGAUCCUCCCACACACACAACCUCAGCUGGACCAGAACCAGAUGGAAAUGCAAACCAUACAGACUCAUAUGCAGCCUCAUAUUCAGACUCAGAUGCAGGUUUCUGUCCCUGAACAGACAGAGGAUGUGGCUCAGGGCCAGGACCCACCAACAAAUUCAAGCACAACUGUAGAGUCGGCUUCACAGAUGCCAUUUGCUGAGGUUUCCUCACUCCUGGACCCAAACAUGAAAGGAUCAAAAGCAAGAAAAUAUCUCAUCUCCUAUGAUGAAAUCAAACGUCGACUGCAGGCCCCGGAGAAGAUGUCCCUGCGCUCCCUGGCAGCCUACACUCGGGUCAGCAGAGGUCCGGCCAGCAAGAAGACUCUCCUGGAGUCACUCAGUGUUCUCGGCCUGACACCGAGCACAACUACCUCUGUGUCCUCAUCUUUCUCCAAACUCACAGAAGGAGACACCAGAGCUCUGUGUGAUGAUAUGAAGGAUUUUUCCCAUGACUACAUUGACUACAGUAACAUGGCGAAGCAGCUCAUCCCUGAGGUCAAUACAGUUCAACACUGGUCCAAAAUAAUUGAAACUAAAAAUCACCUGGAGGACAUGAGAAAGUAUUUCAAGGACCCAGUCAACAGUGGAGCGUUUGAUAACGUCACUCAUGGCCUCGGUCUGGGAAUGUUAGACGUUGCUCUGGACAUGAUCAUCAUGGUAAUCGAUCAGCAGAUUCGGAUCCUCUCUGGCGCAGCUGCAUCAGACCCAGCUGACUCUGGCCCUCCAAUGCGGCGUAUCCGCAGGCGACACCGUAAAACUCGUUUGCAUGACAGCGAGAAGUCUCACAAAGUGUCUGGAGGGGGCAAAGAGCAAGGGAAGAUCAUUCCAAAAGGUAAGGUGCGCAGAGCCAGGAAGAAGAUCCCGCGGGAAACUGGGCCAUCUGGUCCUGUGGAGAUGCACUCAGAACAGUGCAAACCUGAUGAUGUGGAGAGUAAUGUCCUCACUCUGGUUUCUGUUGGAUAUGAAGCUGUUUCCAGUGGGCUCAACUCAUCGGGAACUGUCUGACACAAUAAGGAUCUAUUAAGGAAACUGAGCCCUGUUCACAGGGACACUCAGCAAUGGGAUAAGGACACAGCUUCAGCUCAUUUCAACUCUUCUGGAGGAGUUUUGCCAAGCUGAAUAUCAACGAAUGAUGCCACAUUGUUAAGUCCAAAUCAUGGGAAUAGUUUGACAUUUUAUUAAAAAUGCUUUAGAGUUAUGGUGGGUGGAUUUUGUUACUUAUGUCUCAUUAACCUUAAAAGUGAUUUCACUGAAGGUGUCUCCUAAAAAAAGAUGUCAUACAAAAUGACUGCCUAAACAGUCUUUAUUUACAUUCCGCUACAAAGACUGAAUAACUCAUAUUUUUCUGUGGAAAUAAUGCAGGAGGUGUUUUUUAAACACUACUUUUAAGGUGGUGUAGGAGAAAACUAGCAAAGAGAUAAAAAAGGCACUAACCUGUUCAAAAAUUCCUCACAGAAGCAUCAAGGUUUAGUUCAUUGAACAAUCUUAAGGUCACCUGAUGUAAAAAUGUCUACAACAUUGUGUGGGUUUCCCCUUUGCAACUCAGCAGCUCACCAAGUAUGUCAUGUCCUAACUCGAUAUGAAGAGAUUUUUGGGCACCCUUGUUCUAUAAGAACACCAUGUUUACCCAGCCAGUUGAGUGAAAGCCAUGAGAGUGUAAUGAAGCUGGAUCCUAAUUCCUAUUGCUAACCCCGAUAAUUUUAAGAUGCCAACAAUGGCUAAACGUAAACCACCACACACCGUGUAUCUUAUAUAUCUGAUCCUGAAAGCACCAGAUAUUUUCGGAAUUUUAUAUUCUGUGAUUCAAAUCUUUUUGUAAGAUAGAGUGCCUUCCUCAAACCACACUCUUGACACAUUCACUAAGCUCUCCAGUCAGGUCAGGUGUGGGAUAAUAUGCCAUUUUGGCACUCCUCUGAGUCAACCUUGGUCCUGUACUGCUCUGGCCUCCUGAUGGCCAUCGUCCAGGUGUGCACCAGGCCCAUGUCCCAUUUCCCUCAGGGGUUCUGGGCACCAAGUAAGUAGUGAGCUGGAUCAGGCCCAGGAAAGCACACCAGGUGCUCGUAAAAGUAGCCUGUAUGAAAUAGCUGACCCUUCUCAUCCCCACUCUACUGAGCACACCAGCAUUCGACACACGGUCGACACGCAGUCUUACAAACAGUACCCCAAAAAGCGCCAAAAAGAAGUUUUGACAAAGGAGCCAAGCCGGCAUGUCUAUCCAGUCAGCGCCAAUAAGCUGUCCUCAUGCAUAAUAUAAAUUCUAGUGCAAAAAUUCAACAUACUACAGCUUUAAAAUCACUCCACAAAAUGAGAAAAAAAAGUUCCUUACAUUUCUUUCUUUUUACAUCUUGUUUUUUUCAGUCUGAUGUUUACAAGAUGAUUAGUUUUUACAAUUACUUAUAAAAUCAAGUCACUACAGUGUCACAUGUACCAUGUAAGACCAGGAUAUUAGAUCAUGACAGUAAUAAUAACUUUUUGAUUUUAUAUUUUAAUGGUGUUUCUGAAUAACUGAAUGUGUUUAAGUUAUGUACAUUAACUUUUAUGUACAGAGCAACUCAAAUGAUGACCAAUAAAAGGUGUUACACCUGUUUAGUAAGUCAGGCUCAAUGUUGGAAGGAUUUAAUGGCACUAACUCCGCACUCUUAAGGUUUUGGACAGCACUAAAUUCUCCAUGUGAGCGUGCAAACAGAGGGUGCAGGGAGUGGUUUGAGGAAGGUCCAGGGUGCCAGACUUUAAUCCAUUAAGAGUGUUUUGAAGCUAUGUUUGAAGUCUUUGAGUGUAUGGUAGCAGUACCAAGCUGCUUCUGUAGUGUUUACCUUAUAGAAGAAAGAGUGAAAUCUAUAAGAGAGAAAUAUUUUAAAUUAUUCAACUGUGUUUAACUACUGCUUUCCCUGAAUCCUUUUUCUUAAGUAGCAGGUUUCACGUUGAAUGUUGUCUAACUAAAUCUGACCAUAUUUUAUUUUUCUAUGCUGUUUCAGCGAACACAAAAGCAUCCACAUUGUUGUCUGCAUAAGUGUAAACACUGAGAAAGCUGUCUCUAUACAGGUCAAAAAUGCAGGCCAUAACAGAGGUCUAGAUUAUAUUUUUUGCUGGGGUUACAAAUUCUCAUGUCUCUGUUGUAUUUAUUCAUGUUUAGAUUUAUAGUUGAACAUUGUUGAAAAAGUUUGUUUUGACUUGAACCUCCAGAGUUGAGUGAAAUAUAAAGAUUUAGUUUUCACAAAAACUUUGAUUUUUUUUUUCUUGUGAUGAAUAACAUGUUUGGUGAAAAAUGUGCCUUGAAAUGCUGACAUGUAAGAAAGAGAGGGAGAGAGAGAAGGGCUCCAUUGAUUUCAUUUUUUUUUUUUUUUUUGGAAUUACAACCCCAAUUCCAAUUAA